AUGCCACCUAAGUUCGGCCCGAACAAGAUCAAAGUCGUAUACCUGAUGUGCACUGGUGGGAGAGUCGAUGCCAUGUCUGCCCUGGCCCUGAAGAUCAGCCCCCUGGGUCUGACUGUAGUACCUUCUGCCUCUGCCCUGAUUAUCAGAACCCUCAAGGAAUCACCAAGGGACAGAAAGAAGCAGAAAAACAUUAAGCACAGUGGAAAUAUCACUUUUGAUGAGAUUGUCAACAUUGCCCAACAGAUGUGUCAUGGAUCUUUAGCCAGAGAACUCUCUGGAACCAUUAAAGAGAUCCUGGGGAUUGUCCAAUUUAUGAGCUGCAAUGCUGAUGGCUGGCACCCUCAUGACAUCAUAGAUGACAUCAACAGGCGGUGCAGUGGAAUGCCCAGCUAG